AUGGCCAAAGAAGAGAUCAUUGUCGCUCCGGCAGAGGUGAGCGGGCACACCCUCACUGGCAGGGCAGCUGCCAAGGCUGUGGAAGCCGGCCACGCAAAGGAUGUGGACAUUGCCGCUCAGAUCAUUGCCGAGCAUGGCGAUACCGUCGACGGCGACACCUGGCCUGCGGAGGAGGAGCGGAAGCUCAUGCGCAGAGUCGACUGGCGCUUGAUCCCUAUCCUCUUCGUCUGCGCGACGAUGUCAGGACUUGACAAGACAGCCAUCUCUGGCGCGGCCAUCUAUGGCCUCAAGAAGGAUCUCCACCUGACCGGCCAGCAAUAUUCGUGGUGCGGCUCCGCUCCGUUCUUUGGUGGUCUGUUGUUUAUGGGUCCUGCGGCUUACUGCUUACGACGCCUGCCGACCAUCACCUUCUUCGCCAUCAACGUGCUGUUCUGGGGAAUCACCGAGAUGUGCAUGGCGGCCUGCACCAGCUUCGGAGGGCUCUUUGUCUGCCGCUUUUUGCUCGGUGGCUUCGAGGCUUUGCUAAUUCCAGCUAUCACGCUCGUCGUUGCAAUGUGGUAUCGACCCGACGAGCAGCCUCAGCGAAACAGCAUCAUUCUCAAUGUCGUUGCUCCGAUUUUGAACGGAUUCAUGGCUUGGCUGGUCGGAUACUACAAGGGUCCUUUCGAAAAGUGGAGGAUCAUCUUCCUUACGCUGGGCGCAUUCACUAUCCUGUGGGCUGCCGUCGUGUACUUCUUUCUGCCGAACAAUCCACUGGACGCUAAAUUCCUCUCCGGUCGCGAAAAGUACAUCGUCAUCCAACGCAAAGCGGCCGACAACACCGGGGUGGAGUCCAAGACUUUCAAGAAGGGCCAGUUCUUCGAGGCCUUCACGGACUUUAAGACCUGGCUGAUCUGGUUCGCCAUCAUCGCGCUGCAAGUGCCGAAUGGUGGGCUCACUACCUUCAACACUCUCAUAAUCUCCGGCCUCGGCUUCGACUCGCUCAAGACUUCGCUGCUCGCCAUGCCUCCUGGAGCAAUGAGCACCUUAUCGGGAAUCGGACUGUCAUAUAUCGCAAGUCGAACCCGCAGGUACCGGACACCACUGAUUGCUGGAUCCAUCCUACUUCCGUUGUUGGGUGCAUUGCUUUGCUACGCUCUACCACGCACCAAUUUGGCUGGUCAGCUCGUGGGCUUGUACAUUUUGUACACUUACUGGGCGCCGUAUGUGACGCUCGUCUCAGUCUAUCAAGCGAACGUAGCCGGACACACUAAGAAGACCACAUUGUUUGCGUGGUAUUAUGUGUCUUGGGCGACUGGUAACAUCAUUGGUCCGCAGACGUUCAGAGCGGACCAAGCUCCAGUAUACACGGGCGGGACGGUUGCAAUGAUCGUUUGCUACGUGAUUGCCAUUCUCUGCAUUCUUGCCUACGGUGCUGCGUGCCAUAUUAGCAAUAAGAGGAGAGCUGAGGAGAUCGCUGCAGGCUCGGAUCAAGACUGGCUAGACCUGUCAGACAAAGAGAACCGCAGCUUUGUCUAUACCACUUGA